GAUUUAUAAGAAAUGGGACCAGAUGUUCAUUUCAAUAAUAUUUGUUCAACUGACUGCAGUCAAAUCGAUGUAGAGUUCGAUAAUUUUUCAUUAAUAAUUCGAAUGUUAGUGACAUAAUACUAAUUAUCGAUGGAAUCAAACACUAGUCUCGAUUCAUCAUCAGAAAGGUUCAUUCCUCUUCGUGGUAGUACAUUCGAAUCUCUCAAAGUUUCUCAUAAACAUCCAAUUCCAGUAAGCAUUUCAUGUAGAGAUUAUUGCCGAAAAUUUCCCAAAAAGGAAUAUGGGGUCAACUACAUGCAAUAUUUCUAUAAGAAGAAUCAAUAUAAAGACGUACUAGCCAGCACCUUAUUUCAAAGCCCUCGUAGAGUUCUGUAUUUCUCACCCAAACAAAAAGCAAGGAUAGAUAACGAAGAUGAAGUAGAUGUUCAUUGGCCAGUGAAGUCAAGAAAAAAGCCAUUAAUUCAAAAUCCAGAAUACGUGUGCGAUAUGGCAAUAGGAAGUGAUUAUACAAACGGGACCAGACAAGCAGUACAAUGGGGACCAUGUGAAUUUAUCACAGCAGCCUUACCUGAUGGUACCAUUUAUAUGCAUUAUCCAGACUUCUCUGGUAGAGAGUUCUUGUUAAAAUUGCCAGGAGUAGAUAAUGUGAUCCAAUGGAACAAUGAGGGAGACCUAUUAGCGUUGUCACUCAAGGGCGGAAAAAUAGGAAUAUGCGACGUAAAAAUGAAAAAAAUGGUGAGGACAGCGAACUGGCUACCAUUUAAAGGUAAAAUUACCUAUAUCGUAUAUACAACCGAUUUUUUAAUCAUAGCCACAACAAUCGGCAUGAUAAUAUUAUGGGACCAUGAUCUCACCCAAAUAAUUUCCAAAUGCCAGGCUCACAAAGGAAUAAUAUUCAGCGCUAAACUAUCAUGCAAUGAAAAUUACCUAGCUACGAAUGGAGAUGAUUCUUACAUCCGUAUUUGGCAUUUACCAUCAAUGAGCUUAAUGUUUCAAGUUCACUGCGACUCACAUCCAGUUAUGGCAAUUGAUUGGCAUCCUUGGAAGGAGUCAGUAUUGUCUAUAGGAAAAAGUACCAGAAAUAGCUUUUGCACUCUUUGGGAUAUCAACAAACCAGAGAACGUUCACACAGGAAUAAAUCUUAAUGGCGCAAGAGUUGACUGUCUUGCAUUCAAUCCUAAUUCAGCCGAGUUGGUGGUGGGAUUUUGGCUUGAUCGACCAAUAGAUGGGAAAUUGCCUCAUAACAUUGUAGUACAGAGUAACCUCAAUACAGUAGUAGAUGACAUGAACUUUCAUUCAACAAGAUUGUCAUAUCUACUAUGGGAUAAAAGUGGAAAAAGAUUAGCAUCAUUGGGGCCUGAUGAGAAUUUAGCUAUAUGGAAUUUCUUCGGUAAGGAAAAGGAAAAGAAAUAUAAAUUACCAAUCAAGGAGACCAGUAUUUUCAAAGAUAACAUAUAUAGUAUAAGAUAGAAGAAUUCUGUAAUUAUUUAUAUUUUAACCAUAAACUUAUUGCAUGUCGUGUUUUUCUGUACAUUUAUUGUCUUCAAUUUUGUAAUUAAAUAAUUUUACUGCUUGA